CUGCCCGCCCGCCUGCCCGCCGGCGCUGCGGAUUCACACCCCAAGGCUCGAGGAGCGGGAACCGCCCAAGAUGCCACGAGGAACCAGCAUGCUCUUCCUGUCCCUUCUCCUCUGCCUAGCGGUAACGAAGGCCCUGGGGCUGGUGGAGGCCGGCAAGGAGAAGCGGGGAUGGACCUUGAACAGCGCCGGCUACCUGCUCGGGCCAUAUGCCGUCGAUAGCCAUAGGUCCUUCAGCGACAAGCUCGGAUUGGCCGGCAAGCGGCAGCUGCAGACGGACGAGGAGAUGAGGCUGGGAACCUGGGGGCGACCCCUGGCCGAUGACAACAUUGUACGCACAGUGGUCGAGUUUCUGACUUUCCUGCGCCUGAAAGAUGCUGGUGUCCUGGACCUUCCCGUGGCGACGUCGACAUCAGAAGCCGGGGGCCCGUCCUGAGCGCGAAGGCACGCACGGG